AAAAAAACAUUCCUUUUCUUCAAGAUACAAAAAAAAAAAAAAAACGUUGGCAUUAAUGCUCGUUUCCUCACAUUCAUAGCCUGCUAUCUAACAAUAACAACAAGAACAGCGGUAGCAGCAGCAGUACACCCGUCAGAGCUCAUCAGUGAUGCAACCAACUUACUCACGUCCGUACUCCCAGCCUCAACCCCUCACUCAACCCCAAUCCCCAUUCCAAUCUCACUAUCAUAUUUUAUCUUCCACUUCUUCAUCCCCAUCAUCUUCUCACCGUCAUAAUUAUAUGAGCCACAACCACAGCUAUAAUAAUAAUCAUAACCAUAAUUACAGCCAUAGCCAUAAUCACCAUCACAGCCCAAUUGGAGGUGGAGACGGAACAUCCUCUUCUAGCUCAAUGUCCUCCAACGGCAGUAGUCCAAGACGAUAUACUCCACGCCAAGAUGAUGGUGCCGGAAUCACUGUUGAAGAGUACGAGGAGUUGUUGAAUGCAGAAGUCUGGGUUGAGGUCCCAAAGUUGCGAGAGUAUGCGCGCCAUGGUAUUUCUCGUGAAGUUCGAGGUGAGGUUUGGCUCUAUCUACUUGGGAUUCAAGAUGCAGAUCGUUCAAAGGAAGUGUCGACACAAAAGCAGCGGAUGCAGGAAUAUGAACAACUGGAUAAAGAGCCGAAUGAGUCUUCAAAACGAGUUCGAAGUGAGAUCUCACGGUAUCUACGCAAGACCAAGAUUGAGUCCAGUCGGGACAUUUCUCAAUUAUUUGAACAAGUCAUUGGUGCGUACUGUAACCAGAAUCAUCAGGUUGAAUAUUAUCCAGCGAUGGUGAAUCUCUGUGCUCCCUUUGUGUAUUCGAUCAAACGGGAGUGGGAUGCCUAUCUUUGUUUUGAAAAGAUGAUUAAUACGCUGAGUGACCAUUUUAAUGAAGAAAGCAUCAAUGAGGCAGUCGCGAAAUUCAUGACGUUGUUUCAUACGUCUUUGCCGGACCUUUACAGUUACUUUGAAGAAGAAGAAGUCGAUAUCAAGGAAUGGGCAGCAUCAGCCCUUCAGUUUGUUUUGUCAAGAGAAUUACCAUUGGAGAGUACGAUGCGAUUGUGGGACACUUAUUUUGCGCUCCCUGAUGAUGGAUGGCUUGAAUUGCAUCCAUAUGCUUGUCUGGCCAUUUUGAAGCAACUGAGAGAAGGAUUUGAGGAACUGGAACAGUCAGAGAUUAGGACCAUGUUGAUGAGGUUGCCACAAAUGGAUAUGGAUCGAAUCAUUAAUGAAGCUUUCAACCUGCGACAUGAAAUCUUGCAACGCCAGAUAUCGGAUGACAACCUUUAAAGGGAUGGAGAAAGGGCAGGAGGAGGAGUGAGAAGGGGUUCCGCUACAUUGGAUGGCUCUGUCUUCAC